CAAAUAAACAACAGGCUCAUGAUUACUGUUGAGUAUUACUUAUAUUUUUCGAAUACGUAAACCUGGCUUUAAUUUUAACAUGUCCGAUAUAGCGGAAAAUCUUCUUGCACAGUAUUAUGGAUUGUGCAAGAAAUCGGAAACUGAAAAAUUUAUAUCAAUUCAUGAAUGCAUGAGCAAUGUGGAGGACGACGUAGAGAAAUUGAUUGGCGAACAAUCGACAGUGGAUACGGCGAACGACAAUGACACGUCCAGAGAAACGGAAGAACAGGAAAACGUCGUUGAGAACGAGGAAAGAAAUUCCGAAACUGACAUUCCGACGAGAUCCUCUCGAGCAUUAGAAUGGGAAGCAUUAGAAGACAAUGAAAAAACAUCGUCUGAAUUCAAUAUUAUUUUCGAAGAAAAUGCAGCGAGCAAUUUAUAUGAAAAUACAAACGCUUCUUCUGGCAAAGAGACACAAGAUCUUGUCUUACACAACGCCAAAACCAUCACUUUAGGUACCGAAGGGAACGAUUUAUAUCUCUCACUUAACGAAGAUGCAUUGCCGGAUAGCGCUUCAGACGUUUCCUCGAUAGCGGGGGAGAAAAAAACGAAGAAGUCUCCAAAUAUAUGUAUCUCACCCUCGACGCCACCGCCAAAUAAAUCUCAAAUAUAUAACGAGAACUUUGUAGAUUUAACGAGUGCUGGUCUUACAUUCUUUCCCAUUGAAGUGAUCGAAAAAUAUUCUACAAUACAAAUGCUAUAUUUAGAAAAUAAUAAUCUCUCCAAACUUCCUAAAGAGCUUUUCGUUUCUUUGCCACAUUUGCAAUGGCUGGACGUUAGAAAUAAUCAAUUGACAAAUUUACCUACGAGUAUUCGAUCGCAUCCUUCGCUGGAAAGCAUCCUGCUACAAGGAAAUAAGUUCGAGAAAUUGCCAUUAGAACUGUGCCUGGUGCCAAAACUUAAAAUACUCAAUAUAGCACAUAAUCCUAUUAUUACACCUCCAAAGGAUGUUAUAGCUCUCGGAUGUUCGGGUAUUCUCAACUAUCUCCGAACUGAAUGGAAUAAAUUACAUCCGGAUGAUCCUGCGAUAUCUGUGGAGCAAAAAAUUGAACCAAAAUUAUCAACAAUUUUGUGUUAUCAAUCUCCUCACGAAAAGCGACGAAAAUUAUCAAAAAUUUCGCAGCAAGCAUCGAAAAGCACCAAUGAUAUCGGUUCGUUCAAGGGCGUUUCGGUUAGGAAAAGGAGCAGAGCUUACAAACCCAGUAACAGAUGCGAGAAUAAAGGGACCAAUAUUGCUAUGGAACAACAACUGCAAUGGAUAUCUAAAGCGAGAGAUUUAUUCAGUGCACAAUCGGCAACAAUUCAAAAAAUUAAAGAUUCGGAUGCUAUAAAAGAAUGGAGACGUGAUAAACGAAGUUUCAGUAAAAGUAUGGAGAAAGUAUCGAGAAGAAAUGAAGACGAUAUUCCUUUCGCAAUCGACAUCAAAGAUUAUCCUGCGAUACGAAAACAACCACAAAAAGCGGUAUAAUAAUUAUAUAUAUAUAUUUUAUCUGAGAAAAAAAUAACAAGUCAAAAAAAUUUAAUAAGAACAAAUUUUCUAUUAUCCGAUCUAGAAAGAAAAUGCGGAUAACCAGACAAAUGGAAAAUUAAGAUUUGCUGCACCAGUGUAUAUAUAUAUAUAUAGAUAAGUCGAAUAAAUAUUAUACAUUUUCAGUAAUUCUUCAGUAUAACUUUAAAUAUUAUAUUUUAGAAAUAUAAAUAACAAGAUUCAAGAAUUACUAGGAUCUUUACAAAAGUUUGAAAUUACGAAAUCUUCAGAAAUAUUGACACCUAAAUCCAAACAAAAAUAUCUGCAAACCAAGAUUAAAAAGGUACAUUGUGUUAUUAUGUCGCACGUGUUUUGUAGUUAAAAUUUAUUAAGAAAAUAAUUACUAUUUUGAUUUAUUUCAUAGCUCUCACAAUUUCAAAAGGAAGUUCAAAAUCUAAGAAGAUUCAACGAAAUUAUAACAGCUCCAAUGAAUUCUCCAAACAGUUAAUCUCAAUGUUUUCUUUUCUGAUUUUUAUUCGGAGAUUUUAUACUUUUGUAUCUAUUACUA